AUGCCAUUGUUAACUCACGGUGAUAAUGCAAUAAUUAGAAUUAUCCACGGGCUUUGGGAGCAACAGAAAAUGGGUUGUCGGAGCUUAACCUGCUGCAACUUCCAGUUCCACUCCACAACACUUGUCCCAACCACACCCACUCCCUUUUCCAUAUCUUUCUACAACCACAAUGCUACCCCCUUUCACUCUGCAACCUCCACCUCCAAAGUUCGCGCCAAGUUUGAGAAAUUCCAAGGCGAACCUUCUCAAGAGGCCGAAUCUCCAUCCUCACUAGAAACUAUCACUACAGAUACUCCUGUUAAUAGUAACGAGGAAGAUGAUAGUUGCUUACCUCCGGAUUUGGAGGGUGCAGUGAUACAAUCAAGUCAGGCUGCUUCAUCAUUUGUAUCUUCGGGAGGAAUGAGAGCGAUAGUUGAACUUUUAAUUCCUCAACUGCAAUUUUUAGAUGAUGAAGGCGCACAGUUGGAGCUCUGGGAGUUGUCAAGGGUCUUCUUGGAUACACUUAUUGAAGAAACACAGUGUCAGAAAGUUAAAGCCGUAUUUCCGGAUGCUGGUGCUGCAGCUCUUCUAAAAUAUCGGUGGAAAGAUGCUUUAUUUAGUUUUGCAAGUUUAAGCGAUCGGAAGCCUGUAGACAGCGGUGAUGAGAUAGUGGUCAUGAUUGUUCCUGAUUAUCAGAUGUUAGAAUAUGUAGAGAAAAUUGCAUCCACCCUCUCCGAUGAUCCACCAAGGCCCCUUAUCAUGUGGAAUCCACGUUUGUAUAGCGCGGAUGUUGGAGUUGGAUUUAACGUACGGCAGUUAAGGCGCUACUUUUUAAGCACCUUUACAACUGUCUAUCAUAUGCGACCAAUGCCAUUUGGUGCAGUCUUUCGGUGUUAUCCCGGAUUGUGGAAAGUGUUCAGUGAUGACAAGGAUAGACCAAAUAGAUAUCUGCUUGCAAAGGAAUAUGCCGGUCGUCCUGAUACCGAAGAUAUUGAGAUUUUAUUCAACAACAAUGAAGAUGCGGAGUCAGAGCAAGGGCAGAGUCUGCUUGACAAAGCGGCAGGCGUCUUCUCUUCGAUAAACCGUUUCAUGAAGUCUGUGUGA